AUCAUUACUGCAACUCUCUCACUUACAGAUUUCUUCUCUUUUCAACUACAUAGACUGACAGCAACUAGAGAGACUCUUGAGAUACUAGUAAUAUGGCUGCCAUGUUAGUUCAGGAUCACAAUAAUUCUCUGGUAAGAUGGAUUAUGGUCAGUGUUGUGGGCUUUUUAUUGAUUGUACUCCAUCUACCGCUCGGAGCUUAUGGUUCUAGCCGCAGUACUAGUACCAGGAGUGUUCUUGCUCAUCAACCUCAGGUUGCCAUAGUCCCACCGGAGCAAGUUGGUUUAUGUGCAUCUUCAGUUGCCAUACACGGCUAUAACUGCCAGGAAUUUGAGGUAAAAACAGAAGAUGGGUAUGUUUUAAGCAUGCAAAGAAUUCCAGAAGGCCGUGUGGGAGGACGCGGAGGGAGAAAUAAGCAACCUGUCUUGCUACAACAUGGUGUCCUUGUUGAUGGAAUGACAUGGUUACUGAAUUCACCUGAAGAGUCACUUGCUUUUAUUUUGGCUGAUAAUGGGUUUGACGUUUGGAUUGCUAAUACCAGAGGAACUAGAUUCAGCCGUCGUCAUGCCACGCUCGAUUCUGCCUUCUCGCCUUACUGGAACUGGUCAUGGGAUGAGCUAGUAUCGUAUGAUCUACCAGCGGCCUUCGACUUUGUUUUCCGUCGAACUGGACAAAAGAUUAACUAUGUCGGUCAUUCCAUGGGAACAUUGGUCGCAUUGGCUUCAUUUUCACAAGAAGGGGGUAAGUUGGUUAGCAAGUUGAAAUCAGCUGCGUUGCUGAGCCCUGUUGCUUAUUUGAGUCAUAUGACCACUUCCAUAGGCGUCCUUGCUGCCAAAGCUUUCGUUGGAGAGUUAACUACAUGGUUUGGUAUGGCGGAAUUCAAUCCAAAAGGGGAGGCAGUAGGAAGUUUCCUUAAGUCGCUAUGUUCGAGUCCAGGCAUCGACUGCUACGACUUACUGACGUCAUUUACAGGUAAAAACUGCUGCCUCAACGCCUCCACGGUCGAACUCUUCUUAAAGAACGAACCUCAGUCAACCGCAACUAGAAACAUGGUCCAUUUAUCUCAGACGGUUAGAGAUGGAGUCCUGUCGAAAUUCGACUUUGGAAACAUCAACUUAAACAUGCAGCACUAUGGACAAGCAAAACCUCCAGUGUACAACCUAAGUAAUGUGCCAAGCAACCUUCCACUGUUCAUAAGUUAUGGAGGUCAAGACGCGCUCUCGGAUGUUAAAGAUGUUGAAAUCUUACUAGACAGUCUUAAGUAUCACGACGGAGACAAACUCACGGUUCAAUUUGUGAAAGACUUUGCACACGCUGAUUUUGUCAUGGGAGUUUCCGCCAAAGAAAUUGUCUAUGAUGCUCUUGUAGCUUUCUUCAAACGUCAAAUAUGAAGGAGUCAUCAAUAAUGUAUUCCAAUUCAAGGAAUCGGUGUUAAUCUAUAUUAUGUACCACUAGACAUUAAUUCACAAUAAUA